AUGACCGAUAACCUGGCCUUCGAGGGCUUGGUCCCGAACGAAUACUUUACAUACGAGGGCCGUCUAGGCUCUUUCCACCAGGUCUAUCCUGCGCCGAAGCGCCGCCAGUCUGGCGCUACUAAGGGUGGCAAGAACUUGACUUGGCCGCACAUGAAAUAUCUCGUGCCCGGAGAACUCGCGAAAGCAGGCUUCGUUUGGCGACCGUUUCCCGAUAACCCCGAUAACGUCGCAUGCUUCCUUUGCAACAAAUCUCUCGAUGGCUGGGAAGAAGGCGACAGGCCCCUUGAGGAGCAUCUUAAGCACUCUCCCAAUUGCGGCUGGGCCAUUGUUGCAGGCAUCGAGGCCAACAUCAACGACCUCGCGACCGAGGACCCGGCCAGCACCCGGAUGAUUGAGGCCAGGAAGGCGACCUUUGACGGACGGUGGCCCCACGAAGGAAAGAGAGGCUGGAAAAACAAGAUCAAGCAGCUCGCCGAGGCAGGCUGGAAGUACACCCCUUCCAUUGAAUACAACGACAUGACGACAUGCACUUAUUGCGAGCUUGCCUUGGACGGCUGGGAACAAAACGAUAAGCCAAUGGACGAGCACUUCAACCGAUCACCCUCCUGCCCCUACUUCGCCCUGGUGGAUCAAUACGCCGCCACACGGAAGCCCAAGGGCAAGGCGGCUAGAGGCUCCAAGACAGCAUCGAGGCUCUCUGUGCAGUCCGUAGCGACAGCCGCUUCUGACAUCACGUCCAUGACUGAUGUUCCCGCCGAAUACGACGACAGCGUUCUGACGACAACGUCCACCAUGGCCGGGAAGAAGGGCGCGCGCGCCAAGAAGGCCUCGACAGCCACCAAGGGCCGGAAGACCAAGGCCAAGAAGGACGAGCCUGUCGAGGUAGUUGAAGACGAAGCGAUGCCGCAAGAGGAGGUGAUGCCCCCUCCACCUAAAACAGCACGAGGACGCAAGCGAACAAGCGACGAGGUGGACGAGUCUGCGCUUGCCGUCUCUGAGGCACCCGCUCCAAAGAAGCGGACGGCCCGCGGUCGAUGCAAAGCCACGGCUGAGAACUCAAUGGUUGAGCAAUCACAACAAGAUAUCAGCAUUGCCGAUGCACCACAGCCGGCGAAGGCGCCCAAAGGCCGGAAAACUGCAAACGCGUCCGGAACCAAGGGAACGCGUAAAGCCUCGGGGACGUCACAGAGAUCAACAGCCUCGGUCGCGUCUUCGCGAGCCGCCCCCGGCGCUUUCCCCGAAGACGAUGACGAGAUCACCCGGCAGCUAGAGGCCGAUCUCGAGCGUCCGUUGACCGACGACGAGGACAUCAUGCAAGAUUCCGACUCUGAACGGAACAAGGUACCCGCACCAAAGUCAAAGGCAAAGAAAAUCCGCGCUGGCUCCGGUGCUGCCGCUAGCCCUGAGCCCUCGGAAACCCGUGAAAUGUUCGAUGCUGAGCCGUACGUCGCGGAUGAGGACGAUGUGGAUGAAGACAUGAAGCAGCUUGAGGCCGAGAUGACGAUUGAUGAGUCCGAGAUGGUUCAAGUGCCAAAGAAGGGACGCAAGGCCGCUGGAACCCGCAAGGUGUCCAAACAGACCAAGGCGCAGAAAGCCAAGGCUGUGAAGGCCCCCGUUGAAGAGGAUGAGCCGGAAGUGCCCGCCGAGCCGGCCCAAACGGAGGAGGCUGCUGCCAUGGAGGAAGACGAGCUGAGCACUGCCACUGUCAUCACGAAGCCUGCCCGUACGAGCAUGGGCAAGAAGCGCGGUCGCCCCUCGAAGGCAUCUCUCGCCUCGCGUGCUUCUUUAGAAAAUCUUGGCAAAGCCAAAGAAGUUGAAGUUGAGGUUGAGGUUGUUGAACCCGAGGCUGAGAUUCAAGCUGAACCGAAAGCUGAGGAAGAAACAGCGUCUGCGGACACCUCGGUGCAUCAGUCGUUUGCUUCUGCAAGGCAAACGCCGGCACCUGCCGACCAGCGAGACGAAUUGGGAGACGAACCUGAGGAGGUCCAAGAGGAACUUGAAGAAGAGCGCGAACCAGAAGUGGAGCAAGAGGUCGAAUCUGAACCCGAGCCGGAGCCCACGCCAAGAAGCGAUCCAAAGGAGAGCUCACCGGCGCCUCCUUCUUCACCCGUCAUCGCAUCUUCGGCUCGUCACAGUCUUCAGCACCAACAUGGGACGCCUCGCAUUUCGCCUGCCCAGUCUGCUCGGCAAGCGGCGGUUUCACCUUCGCCUUCUCCUCAAUCGUCGGAUGCCGAGAACCAGCCUCCUUCGUCGAGGCCUUCUUCCACUUCACAGAAACGGGUGACGCACGCACCCGUCUCAUCCACUCCGGCGCGACCAAGCUCCCCGUGUAAACGGAAAGCUUUGGCUAGCCUCCAGAGCACAACGCCUUGGAACCCGGUCGACAUUGACCUCAUUUUCGGAUCUCCUGAAAAGUCGGACAAGAGGAACCCUGUCGACAGACUGCUGCACAAGGGCUCUGAGCUGACGAGCCCCGAGAAGCGCAUGACGGUCGAGGAGUGGAUACAUCACAACGCAGACCAGGCAGAGGCGAAGUUGCGCCAGGAGUGCGAGGCGAUGGUCAGCAAGUUCGAGAGCGAGGGGAGCAAAGCUAUGAAUGUUUUGGAGGGUUUGAUUGUGGACUAA